CAAGCACAACAGCCCACAUACCGCAAAGAUGGCGACGCAAAAAAAGCACGACUGGGCGGACGACGAGGAGCUCGACGAGACGACGACGACGACGGAUCUGCCGCCGCCGCAAAAGAUCCAGAAUAAGGAUGGCACGACAACCAUCAUUGAGUACAGCUACAACGACAACGGCCAGAAGGUCAAGACGACCCGCCGCGUGCGCUAUGUCGUCCGCCGCGAGGUCGUCAACCCGCGCGUAGCGGAGCGCAAGGGGUGGGCCAAGUUCGGCGCCAGCGCCAACGACCCGGCCGGCCCGGCGCCCGACACGACCAGCGUGGGCGAGAACAUCAUCUUCACGCCGUCGAUCAACUGGCGCAAGGACUCCAAGGACGAGAGCAAGGACCCCAACGCGCAGUCCAUGAGGGACAAGCUCAAGGACAAGAAGGUCAAGUGCCGCAUCUGCAACGGCGAGCACUUCACCGCCCGCUGCCCGUACAAGGACACCAUGGCGCCCAUCGGCGAGGCCGGCACCGCCGACAUGGCCGCCGGCUUGGGCGACGAGGCGCCCGCCGGGGCCGCCAGCUUGGCCGGCGCCGCCGGCCCGGGCAAGAAGGGCUCGUACGUGCCGCCGGCGCUGCGCGGCGGCCCGGGCGGGCGCGACGGCGAGCGCAUGGGCGGCAAGUACGGCGAGCGGGACGACUUCGCCACGCUCAGGGUCACAAACGUCUCCGAGAUGGCCGAAGAGCAAGAGCUGCGCGACAUGUUCGAGCGGUUCGGCCGCGUCACGCGCGUCUUCCUCGCCAAGGACCGCGACACCGGCCUGGCCAAGGGCUUUGCAUUUAUCAGCUUUGCGGACCGUAACGAUGCCAUCAAGGCGUGCAACAAGAUGGACGGCUUCGGUUUCAGGCACUUGAUCCUGAGGGUGGAGUUUGCGAAGAAGGCUCAGUAAGGAGGUGCAAGGUGAAGGGAAGAGAAAGAGAGGGCCUGGCGGGCUUGAGAACUAGACUGCGGAUCCAAAAACGAGUGCCGUUGGGGGGUUGGGCUGGGUCACGGUCAGGCUGUUUCUGGAGCGCAUAGAUCAGGAAUGUCUGGGAGACCGGUUGGUCUGUACUUGGUCAGGAAUGAACAUGGAGGGCCGGAAGGCUGGUCUCGUUUCUCUCUCAGCAGUGGAGCGCAGGGCGGUAGAUAUCGAACAUCGCUGUGCCUCCGAUUCUUUUUUGGUCCCCCUCUGCUCUAAUAUUCAGGCUGCUACAUCAUGGGGACGCUGCACAUGUUCGGGUCUGAUGUAUACCAAGGGGUCUCAAUCACGGUGAGCAGUCCUUCAUUCCUAUUAACGACUUCUGCUUGUUCUUCCCCUCA